AUGUUUCGUCGGCGUUCGUCGGCGACACCGACACGUCUUGCGCACUCUAAGCUGCCUGCGUUUCACCCCGGCUCGCGCGGCCCCGGCCUGCAGCCACGCACGCACGAGAUCAUCAGCGCCGCCCAGCCGCCCACUCUGUUUCGAUCGUACAAGCCUGGCACGAUGGAGCCCGACAAGGGCAUUGUCAUGGGCAAGACGCACGCGCCAACGCCGCACUUCCCCUAUGCGGGCAGGGUCGUGCUCGGCCAACACAGAACCGAGCACAUCCUCCGCAAGCACAUUGCGAAAUACAACGUGCACGUCGAGCUCGGUAUCGAGCUGCGUUCGUUCGAACAAAACGGGGACUACGUCACUGCGCAGCUCGUAAAGAAGCAGCAGGACGGCGAGUAAGAGACAGCGGAGACAGUGCAAGCACAGUACCUCGUUGGCGCCGAUGGGGCGCGCAGCGCGGUUCGCAAGGGCCUCGGGUGCACGUUCCUCGGCGAAACGCGCGAUGACUCGCGGAUCAUCACAGGCGAUAUCCGUUUCGUGGGCGAAGGACUUGGGAGGGACUAUUUUCAUCGGUUUGGGGUUGUUGGGAAGAAGAGCUUUCUGACAUCGCUGUAUUCAAUGCUCAUCCAGCGAUCAGUUAGAACGUCUCGAAACACGCUCACAUUUGGAAACUUCUCACUCCAUCUUCCGUGGUCUUCUAUUCACCACGUUCUCCCGUGGCGUUCCUGUUCGACGAAAAUAUCGUCAACACGAUGACCUCGCCGUCGCUUUCCUGAGCCUGCUCAUGCCAUACUCCGACUUAUAUCCGCUUCUCAGUUCCUCGUUCAGCUAUCCCCUCGCCAAUCCUAAUCUUCUCCCUUCAAGACUCCCAAAUCCUGUAGCUUCUCUCUCGCUUCUCCCUGUUCUGACGUCAGACUCCGUUCA